ACUUCAAAUGUCAAUGAAAAUUGCAAAAUAUUCGAAUUCGAAGUUAGAAUAUUUUGAGAAAUAAGCUAAAAAACUUUGUGAAAUGUUAUUUCGUUGCUAAGAAAAUUAAAAAUAAAACUCCGCCCCUAAGACGACCCACUGACCAUAAGUUAAUUAAGUACCUAUAUUGUUAUAUGUUAAAGUGUGAGCAGUAUUUAAGUACUUACUUAUUAGUUUAGAUUAGUUAGAGUUUGACGAGCUUUAAAGAAAACUUUGUGGAGCAAUUCUUUAUUUAUAUUGUACUUAGCUUAACAAAAUGUCUCUAGAUCCGCGAAAAUAUUUGCUCAAGGACUUAAUCAACAAGCCAACACCAAUAGACGUCUGGUUGCAAGGCACCAUCGAACAAACUGUAGGCGCUGAUAUUUUAAUAAUUUCCGACUCGACAGGAAGAGCGAAGAUUACAAAAUGCGAAACUGCACACGGUAUUAUUGAUAAAAGUUCAUUAAGAAAAGGAACAUAUUGCUGCAUAAUAGGAACAGCAGUGUCAACUAAAAAAUUGCCUGAAAUCCAAGCAAGCAAGUUCAUAGAUUUGACAGAACAACUUCAUAUGAAAAUGGCGUGGGAGAUCGAAGUUAAAGAAGCAAACUUAUUUCUUGAAGGGAAACUGAUACCAACUGUAUAACUUCUCAUCUGCCAAUAUAAGAACAUCAGAAGAAAAUGUUGUAUAUUUACAGCAGACUAGGGGUAAAAUAAAU